CAACGAGGCAGCUUGUUGAAAGCUAAUCAUAAAGCCAUUCGAUCGUCGCAGUCACUAGACAAACAACAGCGAUACGGAUUAGUACUACGUACUACUACUACUAGCACUACAGCAUGAGGGUAAGCCGACGGUUCCAUCAUGAUCAUUGACGGAGAUGGUGAUCCGGAUGGAGGAGGGGGGCUCCGAGAAGGGCCACGCCAAGGCCAUGAAGGUGGCGGCGGCGACGCCGGGGGUGGAGUCGGUGACGCUGUCGGGGAAGGGCAAGAGCCUGCUGCGCGUGGUCGGCGACGGCGUCGACUGCAACCACCUCACCACCCGCCUGCGCCGCAAGGUGGGCCACGCAGACGUCGUCGAGCUGCGGACCAUACACUCCGCCUACUCCGGCGGGUCCCGGACCGGCGGCAGCCUCUCGCGCGACGCCGGGUACGGGAACGGAGAGACCCACUACUACGGCUACGCCUAUCCGACCACGACCACGACGGCUACGGCGGCGCCCGACUACUACUACCACUACGGCCAGCAACCGUCGUCCCAGUACUACAGCUACCAGCCGCCGCCUUACGCCGCUCCCGCCGCCGCCGUGCACUACGAGUACUACCCGGCCGCCGCUACCGACCCCAACGGCUGCUCCAUCAUGUAGUAGUACAGUAUUAUAUUGCUACACUUGUUCAGUUUGUUCAUAGCGUACGACAUGUGUCCCUCUCGUCUCAUCUGCUCCCUGUACAUAUGCUGCUAGCUAGUGCCAUGCAUUUCGUCUCCGCAACCGGACCGGGUUAUUGUUUUUAGUUUGUACCCCGUUUCGUCACAUGUGCUGUGUGCUGUGGAUUCUGUGAAUUGCUGUGAUCAAUGAUACUUUUUUUUAAAAAAGAAACA